AUGCCCAACCAACCUGGCGAGCCAGAUAUCGGGGACCGUACAGACACCCACUCGGAUGGUGCUACGACCUCACCUCAGACUUCUACCCCUGAUGCACCCCCAUCUGCACCCAGCUCCCAGAGAGUACCCUCGCUAGGGAAUUCAUCGAACCCAAUGGUGUCUUCCAUGACCUCAUCCUCCUCCCCACUAGGGCCGACCAACGCAGCUCGCCGACCUGGCCCGCCUCCGACGCGAGCCAGUGGCUUGACAUCAGACAUCCAGGCAAAGAUGAAGGCUUUCUCGCUGUCAAGACAAGGAGCUCCACCGGGCCAACAGAACAGACAAGGGUUUUCUGGCCAGCCGGGCGCUGCAGGUGGCUUUACUGGCGGUCCUGUGACCGGCGCAGGCCCAGGAGGUGCUGGAGCCGGUGCUGGAUCUGGACCUGGGCCAGGUCAAGGCGGGUUGCGACUGCCUCCAAAUCUGCAACGACCAAAUGCCCCGCAGUGGAACAGCGCAACUCCUGCUGAGGGUAGCAGUCCUCGCAUGAUGAGCCCCAAGCCGGCUAUGGGUGGUCUUGCGGCCAAGCGUGGUCUGAAGCCGGGAGGAAUGAAGCUCUCGGACGCUCACAAACCGGCCGAUCCAAACGCAGAGGCCGAGAAGACUGACACGGGAUCACAAUUCAACAAGUUCUCCAGCAUCAUCGAUACGCAGAAGGGCGAGCUGAAAUUCAAGAACAAGGCUGUCAUCCACGGCAGUGGGAUCGAUUUCGAGGGCGGCAGCACGUUUCAGAUAUCCCUGGAUGAAGUCGAUCCCAUAGAUGAGUUGGGCAAGGGCAAUUACGGCACUGUCUUUAAAGUUCGACACGCUCGUCCCAAGAUUCGGCAAGCAGGUCUCGGCCUCCGCGGAAACAUGAGUCGCCAGCUAUCACAGCAGCAGCAGAACGAAUACGAUGAGAAGCAAAGUACGGCUGGCACCAGCGGGCUGGUGAUGGCCAUGAAAGAGAUUCGGUUGGAGCUCGAAGACAUCAAAUUCGCCCAGAUCAUCAUGGAGUUGGACAUCCUCCACCGAUGUGUCUCUCCCUUCAUCAUCGAUUUUUACGGCGCCUUCUUCCAGGAAGGUUCGGUCUACAUCUGUAUAGAGUAUAUGGAUGGGGGCUCGAUCGACAAGCUGUACGCGGACGGCGUGCCAGAGGGUGUCUUGCGGAAGAUCACUCUUUCGACCGUCAUGGGCCUCAAGAGCUUAAAGGAUGAUCACAACAUCAUUCAUCGAGAUGUUAAGCCUACCAAUAUUCUGGUCAACACGCGUGGGCAGGUCAAGAUUUGCGAUUUCGGUGUCAGCGGUAACCUCGUAGCGUCAAUCGCGAAGACCAACAUUGGCUGUCAAAGUUACAUGGCGCCCGAGAGGAUAUCAGGCGGUGGCAUGGCUCAGGCUGGUGCUGGUGGAGGAACAUAUUCCGUUCAGUCAGACAUCUGGUCCCUCGGCCUGACCUUGAUCGAAUGCGCUCUGGGAAGGUAUCCCUACCCUCCUGAAACUUACGACAACAUAUUCAGUCAAUUGAGUGCAAUCGUAGAUGGUGACCCGCCCGACCUCCCAGCCGACAAGUUCUCGGAAGAGGCAAUCGACUUCGUUCGUGGGUGUCUGAACAAAAUCCCCAAGCUUCGACCAACGUAUGCGAUGCUGCUCCGUCAUGCCUGGUUGGCUCCCCUUAUGAAGCCACCCACCAUCUCCGAAGAUGAGGAAGCAGAGAAGGCGGCCGAGGCGGGAGACAGCAUGAACGCAAACGGCAGCAUGAUCGAAGGUCAAGCAACGACGGCCGACAAAGAAGUCGCUGACUGGGUCAAGACGCAGCUGGCGAAGAAGAGCGAAGGCAAGCUGUUGUUUGCUAAGAAACCCGCUCUCCACGAGGCGCCUUUGGAUGCUGUGCCCGGUAGUCCAUUGAUGAGCAAGGACGAUGCCCCGUCUAUUGUCGACGCGCCGGACGACGAUACUCCUAUCAAGCCUAACCCAGGAGUCAAAGUCGACAGUCCCGAGCUGAUCUCGGCUCAGAUAGAACCUGUUGACUUUGCAAAUAAUAUCCAGCCCAGCCCGGCGGAGGGCGAAACAUGA